AUGGCCUCAGGCACAGAAGAAGAAGAAACGGGGCAAGACUGCCGCAUCAAGAGCCUCAUGUACGGCAACUUCAGCGACGCCUAUGCCAAGCUCACGCCGCCGGUGCCAAUGAUCCGCUUUAUCCGAUUCCGCCACCUCUUGAUGCAGGAUGUGCACAGCGAGAAGUGGUUCAACAGGACUGACGCCGCGAACUGGAUAGAGUUUGAGUGGGACGAGUUGGAGCCUGUAGCCAAGCAGAUGGAGGUCUCUCGUCUGCGCCAUCAACGGAGCUACUGCUUGAGAUAG